AUGUUCAAAGGUCCAGCAGAUAUCAAGCCUGAAACAGCCAUGUCUGAGCUGGUGCCAGAGCCCCGGCCAAAACCAGUGGUGCCAAUGAAACCAGUUGGUAUUAAUUCUAACCUGCUGGGCUACAUAGGGAUUGAUACCAUCAUAGAGCAAAUGCGCAAGAAGACUAUGAAAACUGGAUUUGACUUCAACAUCAUGGUUGUAGGCCAAAGCGGACUGGGAAAAUCAACGCUUGUGAACACCCUGUUCAAAUCUCAAGUGAGCCGCAAGUCUUCAGGUUGGAACCGUGAAGAGAAGAUUCCCAAAACAGUGGAAAUCAAAGCAAUUGGGCACGUUAUUGAAGAAGGUGGUGUCAAAAUGAAGUUGACAGUUAUUGAUACUCCUGGAUUUGGUGACCAGAUCAACAAUGAAAAUUGCUGGGAGCCCAUUGAGAAAUACAUCAAUGAACAAUAUGAGAAAUUUCUGAAGGAAGAAGUGAAUAUUGCGAGGAAGAAACGAAUACCAGACACAAGAGUCCACUGUUGCAUCUACUUUAUCUCCCCCACAGGUCACUCCUUACGACCGUUGGAUCUAGAGUUUAUGAAGCAUUUGAGCAAAGUAGUAAACAUCAUUCCAGUUAUUGCCAAGGCAGACACCAUGACUAUGGAGGAGAAGAUUGAGUUCAAACAGAGGGUCCGCAAAGAACUAGAAGUCCAUGGGAUUGAAUUUUAUCCCCAGAAAGAAUUUGAUGAAGACCUUGAGGAUAAGACAGAGAAUGACAAAAUUAGGCAGGAAAGUAUGCCAUUUGCAGUGGUGGGCAGUGAUAAAGAAUAUCAAGUGAAUGGAAAAAGAGUCCUGGGCAGGAAGACACCCUGGGGAGUCAUUGAAGUGGAAAAUCUCAAUCACUGUGAAUUUGCCCUACUCCGUGAUUUUGUCAUUAGGACUCACCUUCAAGACCUAAAAGAGGUAACACACAACAUCCACUAUGAAACUUACAGGGCUAAACGACUGAAUGACAACGGGGGGCUUCCCCCAGUGACCGUAGAGAUAGAGGAAAACCAUGAAAGCAACCUGUGA